GCCUGCUCCCUCGGGGUCUGGUUUCCAACUUGGGGGGUGGGGGGAAGGGCUUCGUUUGUCCCAGCAGCCCCCUUCCCGCCCGGGGAAGUGGUGGGACCUCCGCGGCGCCCCGGGUGGGCUCCGCGCUCCGCGAGGGACGCCCGUUUCCUUUUAGGCCGGGCGGGCCGCCGAGUAGAGUUGGCAUUUCCAGAUUGGGGCUUGGGCCGCCCCUCCUCCAGGACCCACCCCUCGGGACCGCGCCGGGCACCGCGGGUGAUCCGGGCUGGCUCCCCUGGCACGAAAAGGUGGACAAGUCCUAUUUUCAAGAGAAGAUGACUUUUAACUGUUUUGGAGGAUCUAAAACUUGUGUACCUGCAGCCAUCGAUAAGGAUGAAGAAUUUGUAGAAGAGUUUAAUAGAUUAAAAACUUUUGCUAAUUUUCCAAGUAGUAGUCCUGUUUCAGCAUCAACGCUAGCACGAGCUGGUUUUCUAUAUACUGGUGAAGGAGACACCGUGCAGUGCUUUAGUUGUCAUGCAGCAGUAGAUAGAUGGCAGUAUGGAGACUCAGCAGUUGGAAGACACAGGAAAGUAUCCCCAAAUUGCAGAUUUAUCAAUGGCUUUUAUUUUGAAAAUAAUGCUGCGCAACCUACCAAUUCUGGUAUCCAGAAUGGUCAGUACAAAGCUGAAAACUACCUGGGAAACAGAAAUCAUUUUGCUUUAGACAGGUCAUCUGAGACUCAUGCAAAUUAUCUUUUAAGAACUGGACAGGUUGUAGAUAUGUCCGACGCCGUAUACCCAAGGAACCCUGCCAUGUGUAGUGAAGAAGCUAGAUUAAAGUCAUUUCAGAACUGGCCAGACUAUGCCCACUUAACCCCAAGAGAGUUAGCUAGUGCUGGGCUCUACUAUACAGGUGUUGAUGAUCAAGUGCAGUGCUUUUGUUGUGGUGGAAAACUGAAAAAUUGGGAACCUUGUGAUCGUGCAUGGUCAGAACACAGGCGACACUUUCCCAAUUGCUUCUUUGUUUUGGGACGGAAUGUUAAUAUUCAGAAUGAAUCUGAUGUCCUGGGUUCUGAUAGGAAUUUCCCAAAUUCAACAAAUUCUCCAAGAAACCCAGCCAUGGCAGAUUAUGAAGCACGGAUCAUUACUUUUGGGACAUGGAUGUACUCUGUUAACAAGGAGCAGCUUGCAAGAGCUGGAUUUUAUGCUUUAGGUGAAGGUGAUAAAGUAAAGUGCUUUCAAUGUGGAGGAGGGCUAACUAAUUGGAAGCCCAGUGAAGACCCUUGGGAAGAACAUGCUAAGUGGUAUCCAGGGUGUAAAUAUCUGUUAGAAGAGAAGGGACAAGAAUAUAUAAACAAUAUUCAUUUAACUCAUUCACUUGAGGAGUCUGUGGGAAGAACUUCUGAAAAAACACCAUCACUAACUAAAAGAAUUGAUGAUAACAUCUUUCAAAGUCCUAUGAUACAUGAAGCUAUACGAAUGGGAUUCAGUUUCAGAGACAUUAAGAAAAAAAUGGAGGAAAAAAUUCAGACAUCUGGGAGCAACUAUAAAUCAUUGGAAGUUCUGGUUGCAGAUUUAGUGAGUGCUCAGAAAGAUAGUACAGAAGAUGAAUCAAGUCAGACUUCAUUGCAGAAAGAGAUUAGUGCUGAAGAACAGCUAAGGCUCCUGCAAGAGGAGAAGCUUUGCAAAAUCUGUAUGGAUAGAAAUAUUGCUGUCGCGUUUAUUCCUUGUGGACAUCUGGUCACUUGUAAACAAUGUGCUGAAGCAGUUGAUAAAUGUCCUAUGUGCUACACAGUCAUUACUUUCAAGCAAAAAAUUUUUAUGUCUUAAUCUAACUACAGUAGCUGUGUUAUAUUCUUAAUACUCUGAUUGAAUGUGUGAUGUGAACCAAAUUUAAAUAAUCAGCAUUGAACUCCAUUAGCAUUUGCUACCAAGAAGAAAAAUGUAAAACUGCAGUGUUGUAAUUGGCAAUCUAAAAUUUGAAUUUCUGGAUUUUUCAUAAUAUUAGCUAUAUUAUCAAUUUUUUUCUAUUGAAACCCUAGGAGCCAUCAUAUUAUAACUGAUCACAAUGUGUAUUUAUAGUGCACUGACUUGGCUUCUAAGUGUAAGUGAAUUAAUCAACUCAAUUUUUCAUUCUUUUUCAAAUAGGCUUAACAUUCUGUGUAAACUUGGAGAUUAGAGUUAAUCUCCCCAAUCACAUAAUUUGUUUUGUGUGAAAAGGGAAUGAACUGUUCCACACUGGUGGAAAGAUAGAGGUUAUUUUUAGAUGUUAGUCUUUGUGUUGUAGAUUUUGUCUAUUUUAAUAUUAUACAUACAUACUUGGGUGGAUGAUUUUUAAAAUAUGAUUUUGUCAUUGUUAAAAGGGUAUUUAAAUGAUAGCAUGCCAUCUAGCCUACGUGUAUUGACAUGGAAAGAUGUCAAAGCUAUAAAUGUAAAAUGCAAGUGGCAAAACACUGUGUAUCAAAUGAGCCAAAUGAAGGUUGUAUACGUUUUGCAUGUGUAUAGAACAAAAGAUUUGGAAAGAUGCACCAAACUGUUAAAUAUGGUUUCUCUUAAGGGGGGUGGGGGGUGUAUCCAGAGGGGCUUUACCGGGGCCUGUCACUUUCUACUUUUUUUAUUUUGUUCUGUUUGAAUUUUUGUAAGUAUAUGUUACUUUUGUAAUCAAUUUUUAGAAAGUAUUUUAUGAUUUAAAGGCUUAGGCAUGUUCAAACACCUGCAAAACUACUUAUUGCUCAGCUUUAGUUUUUCUAAUCCAAGAAGACAGGGCAGUUAACCUUUUUGGUACCAAUGUGAAAUUUAAAUGUCUUUAUGUUUGUCCUGCUUUGUGGAUGAAAAAUCUUUCUGAGUGGUAGUUUUCUGACAGGUAGAUCAUGUCUUCUUCUCUUGUUUCAAAAUAAAUAUUCCUGAUUUUGUAAAAUGAAAUAUAAAAUAUGUGUCAGAUCUUCCAAUUAAUUAGUAAGGAUUCAUCCUUAAUCCUUGCUAGUUUAAGCCUGCCUAAGUCACUUUACUAAAAGAUCUUUGUUAACCCAGUAUUUUAAACAUCUGUCAGCUUAUGUAGGUAAAAGUAGAAGCAUGUUUGUAUAUUGCUUGUAGUUGUAGUGAAGGCUUUCCAUGUUGAGAUUGUCAUAUCAUUUUGUAUUGUAAAGUUUAUGUGAGUUUUUACCGUUAGGGUGAUUAAGAUGUAUAUAGGACAAAAUGUCAAGUCUUUCCUCUACCUAACUUUUUAUUUUCUUGACUAAUAAUAGUAGUAGAUAAUUCUGAAAUACAUGUUCUCUUAAGAUCCUUAAAAACCUCUUAGAAAUUAUAAAAUAUUGACAAGGAAAGAAGAACAGUUGUUUAAAUAUUAAAGAUAAAAUAAAACUUGAAUAAGAAUCAAUAUAGAUAAAAAACAAAAGUUUUAAAAUGCUUCAUAGAACACCCAAGUUUUAUAUUACAAGAUUCUCACAACAACCUGCUGUAGAGGUGAAUGAGACAUUUAACUACAGAGAAAAGUUGGCAAGUAAAACUUUUAAAAAUUAUAGUUGUAUUUUCUAAGAGAAAGAGUAUCUUCAUUUUCCUCUAACCUCUGUUGAUUACUACUUUUAGUGAUAUUCAUUUUUAAAUUGCACUGCAAAUUUAAAUGAGAAUUUAAAAAAUAAUGACUGUCCUGGUUUUAUUUUACUAUUAGUUAUAUAUUCAUAAAAUUUUACAUGUGUAGUCUAAGAUUUAUAUUUAAAUUACAAGGGGAGGAAAGUGUUAAAGUUUGUAAACUGUGCUUUCAGGACAUAUCUGCUCCAAGUCAAGUAGUUAGUUCAAUCUAGUUAUUGGCCAAGGAUUGAAUUGUUUUAACAUAAGGCUUUUCCUGUUCUGGGAGCCUCGGUCCAUUAAAACUCUUCUUUUAAAACUUGUGUGUUUAGAAUUAAGCAAGACCUUUUAUUUCCCCGUGAGUUGUGAAAUUUAAUGCAUGAAGCUGAUGUGACUAACAAGUUUAUUUUAAGAAUUGUUUAGAAAUGCAGUUGCUUCAGGUUCUUAAAUCACUCAGCACUCCACCUUCUCAUCAAAAUUUUUUAAGACUUAUCAAUGUUUGUCUGUGUUCACACUAUAAAAAGCACUGGAUCCUUCCCAUCUACUUGUGCAAAAAAUGACCACUUGCAAGGUCAAAAUAUAACUGGAUCCAAAUGUCUGCUUCCCCCUUUCCCAGAAUAGUUCUCAGUAUCUACAUGUAGACAUUCCUUUUCUGUAUGAAUUUCUUGCUAAGAUUUCCAAUUGGUGACCACCAACUUACUACUUGUGGUCAUAUGAAGAGUCAAGUUUUGUAAUAGUUACCUUUGUUUGUAAUAAUUUGGUAUGCUGAUCAAAAGCCUUGUCUUAAUUUUUAAGAAAUGUCUUUAGUGUUUAUAAAUUCCAGUUUAUUAAUUAAUGGCUUUGUAUUGCCUUCCCUGCUAGAUUUGUUUUUUUGUGUGUGGUUUUGCUUUUUUUCCCUUUGGUUAGGGUCUAAGAUGGGGUAGGGUGGUUGUAGUGAGUGUGCAUAAUGUGACCCUGCAUAUUAUAAUCUUUUCUUGUUAUAAUACUUAAAUUUUGGUAGUUGUUUUCUCUUGUUUUCAUUUUAGUGAAUAAAAUUGUUAUUUUGAACUCUGAAUGGGAGACUACCACCACAGCAUUAGUUGCAUGUAUUGUACCCUUUAGAUCCAAAUCAUUGUUUUAUUUCCUGAUUACUCAAGUGUUGCGUAUGGGAGAAGGCAGUUGAGGGGUGGGAGAAAUUGGAUUGGUUGUGUAUCAUUUCCAUUAGAGAAGUAAAAUGAGAGAGAAUAUUUGACAGAUGUAGUUAUUUUUAGUGAAAUCUUCUUUUUAAAGAAGAGGUUGUCAUUUCUUCAUCUGUGAAAAUGAGAAUAAUACCUAACAUAGUUAUGAGAGUUCAAGGAGAUCAGGUAUGUAAAAUACCUGCUAUAAAUGUUAAUUCCCUUCCUAACACUGUUACCCUCCUGGUUUGCCUUUGACUCUGGAAAUUUGAGCUAAAAGUUAGGUGAUAACUCUUUCAGUGACUCUUCUUUGUUGUUUCUCAUAGUUAAGAUGUAAAUUACAAUAAAACAAUAGGUCAAGUCCUUAAAAUAUUUACAUUUCUUUUUUAAAAACUUGAAAAUUUAUCAAAUUUAGGUGAACUUUCCAAAUAGGAACAAUUGGCUAAUUCCCACCUUCAUACUCAGUUUCAAUUUGACCCAUAUACAGUACUUAGCACAAUGUGAAUUUCAUUUGCAGCGUAAUAGAAUUAGAGGGGUCAAAGUUAGAAGUGACCUUAGAGAGCAUCUAAUUCUUCCCCCUCAUUUUACAGAUGAGGUAGUUGAGGCUCAAAGGUGAAGUGAUUUGUUCAAAGUUCUAUAGCUCAUUAGUGGUAGCCCAGACUGGGACAUAGUUUGAAGGUGAAAAACUUCAAGCUACCUUUCCUGGAAGGUAUCAAAAGUUUAUUUUUUCAACUAUUCUUUCUUCUAUACCAUAACUUUUGUCACUACAUAUUAAAUGACACUUUAAUACAAUAGGACAAUCUUAAAUACCUAUAUCUUCAAAUUGUACAAUACUACAUUAAUGUUUGGGUGGUAAGAUUCUAUUUUGAAGUCUAAAGUUUGCAGAUUGUGUAUAAGUGUAUUUUGUCAUUUUGUCUAUACUUAGUUACAAAUUUGUGUUUUUUAUUUGAUAUAACAAAGGCUUUUAUGUAAUCUUUGUUAGAAGAGUUUGCAUUUUUUUUUGUUACUGUUAUACUUUAUCUAACCUGAGAGAAUGGCUGAUUAUUAUGUCAUUGUAUUAGUGUUGUGAAUAAUCCUGUGAAAUGUUUUGAAAUAGAGUACUAUAUUUGUGAGUAUAGCUUCUUUCCCAUAUAGUAGAAACCUUUCCAUCAGUAUGGAAAACUAAAAACAUUACUUUCCACUGCAUAAUCUGGCAGUCAUAGAUUAAAGCUUAUUUUUCUGUGAAUAAAAUGUAUUGAAUAAAGUACUAUUCUUUAAAAUGAUGUUA